AUGAGCCUUCCCGAGCCCAAAGACGUUGAAGAGGCGACCCAGGUCCUUCAGAGCAUCAUUCCUCUACUUCCCCAAAGGCCCAUCAAGAUCUCGCUCCUUGGCCUAGGAACCUUUCCUGGCAUAGAUCCAGGACGUGCCGAAAUCCUCUUUGCGCACCCCACGUGUCUCGACUACGACUUCGACGCGCUAUGCCAAAGAAUCCGGCAUGUGUUCGAGGAUGCUGGUAUCUUCGACAAGAGAGGCUUCAGCUUAUUCCUUCACGCCACCAUCUUAAACGCCAGGAAGACCGCCGACGGGGGGCUCAUUGACGCGACGGAGAUCCUAAGGAGCUAUCGGGGACACGUAUGGAUGGAAAAUGUUCCUCUCGAGGAAAUCGGGAUUUGCCGGAUGGGUGCCAAGAAGAAGGGGGGUGAUGAUGAGGAAUAUCUGCUCGCAGCUUCCAUCCCACUCACGACUUCGGCUGAUAGAUGA